AUGCUCAAGUAUGCUUUUCUCACACUUUUGACUACAUUAUUUUUUGUUUCACACGCUUAUAAGAUUGGAGCAAUUUUUCGAGAAAAAGAAGAUGCUCAUAUUGAAGCAGCUCUCAGGUAUCGAAAUUUGAGAACUUUUCGGAAAUAUCCAAGGUCAUCUGUUUCUUUUUUAGAUAUACAGUUGAAUGGUUAACUCAACGUGGUAUUUAUGGUGAUAUUGAUGUAGUUAUUGAAUAUAUUGAAGUUUUGGAUCAUUAUGAUGCUCUUAAAAAAGCAUGUAAAAUGAUUGAAAAGGAUCAUGUUGUGGCACUUUUUGGUGGAUCACAUCCAGCACUAAAUGCACAAUUGGAAAGACUCACCGAUGAGGUAUCAUUUUUUCAAAUCAUAAUUUUUAUCAGAAAAAAAACCUAUUUUCUAGCUUGAUAUUCCACUUUUAACUUCAAUCGAUGAUUUGGAAAAUUCACAAGGUUUUUCGAAAAUCGAUUUUUGGCCGAGAGCUGAACUUUUUGAGGCAAUUGUUGAUUUAUUUGAACAUUGGAAAUGGACUAGAAUUGUUCUUGUUUAUGAAGAAGAUAUUAGGAUAAGAAGAUUGGAAAAAUUAUUGGAAAGCGAAAAAUAUUCACAUAUAAAGUUUUAUCUCAUCAAAGUUGAUAAUAAGGAUUAUUUGAAAGCUGCGAAACAAGUAAAAGAACUUGAAGAAUGUCGAGUUCUUCAAAAAAGAGAUUGUUCGGAAUUUAGUCGAAUAUUAGUUGAUAUGAAUCCUGAACAUACUUAUAAUUUUUUACUUGCAUCACUUCAAAUGGGAUUGAUUGAAUUGAAACAUUGGUAUCUUUUAACUAAUAUGGAGUUGGAAUUUAUGGAUAUGGAACUAUUCAGAUAUAAUCAUGCUAGAUUUAUUUCUCCUCAUCCAAUUGAUGAUAAUUUUAUAACAGAAUAUCGAGAUACAUUCAAUUUUACAUAUUUCAAAGAACAUGUUAGUUCAAAAUGGGCGAUUAAAACAGAAAAUAACAAGAAUUUGAAAAUCAUGGAAGCUGUUUUCACAUUUGACGCUGUUUUCGCUUUUGCAAACAUUUUUAAUACACUUUCUGGAGAAAUGCAAAUGAAUGAUACACCACAAACAAUGUGUAGAAAAAGAGAUCGAAAUUCGAGAAAAUAUCAACAUGGAAGAAGAAUUAUUGAUAAUAUUGUUGGAAAUGUAAGUUAGGCAACAAUUAAGAAAAAUAAUUUAUUUCAACUCAGGAGUUGCAUGGACUUUCUGGAGAUCUUCGAAGAUUAAAAAGAGACACGAUAAGUUUAUAUCAAAGAAUGCCAGAUAAAGUUCCGAAUAACUUCACAAUGGGCAUCAAACUUCUGGGAUACAGCGGAAAAUUGGAUAA